AGCGUAACUGGAAUUAGAAGUCGCAACACUGAGAACGGAGCAAGACAUGAUCCGGGAACGGACACGGUAGAGCGUCUCUCUGCGCGCACAACAGGACAGUAAACGCAGACGGUGCGCGGACGAAAUCAAGAUGCCUGCGAACCAGACUCGAUCCAGGGUGAGGGAACGGAACAAUGUGCUGAACAGACCCGAGUUUAUGUCUCUAAAUCAGCCGAUGAAGAGCGGCGGCGGCGGCGGCGGUGAAUCUCGCGGUGGCGCGCGCAGGCCGUCGCAGAGACAACAGCAAAAUCAGCAGCAGCAGGGUGAUAAUCCGCAGCCCGAGAACAACAAAGACAAGAAGGAGCUGCCAGAAGAAGACUGCAUGCAGCUAAACCCCUCAUUCAAAGGCAUCGCCAUGAACUCUCUUCUGGCCAUUGAUAUCUGCAUGUCUAAACGGCUCGGCGUGUGCGCGCACCCCUCGUCGUCGUGGGGAAGCGUGCGCUCCAUGAUCAAGCUGCUCGCGCUCACCGGACACGGCAUCCCGUGGGUCUUCGGCACCCUUGUGUGCCUUAUGAGAAGCAACACGUUGGCAGGGCAAGAGGUUUUGGUCAAUUUGCUGCUAGCUCUGCUGCUGGACGUGAUGACCGUAUCAGGCAUGCAGAAAUUGGUGAAGCGUAAAGGCCCAUGGGAAAUGCCACCCGGCUUCUUCGACUACCUGGCCAUGGACAUCUAUUCCUUCCCAGCGGCCCAUGCGAGCCGAGCAGUCAUGGUGUCGAAAUUCCUGCUAGCGCACUUGGUGCUAGCAGUCCCUCUGCGUAUUUUGCUGGUGUUAUGGGCUAUCCUGGUCGGCAUGUCCCGUGUGUUGCUGGGCCGCCACCAUCUGACAGACGUCGGCUGCGGCUUCGCCUUGGGAUUCCUCCAUUAUAGUUUAGUGGAGAUGGUAUGGCUGUCCUCCAACACCUGCCAGACUCUAAUAUCCAUUGGAACGUUCAACUGGAGCCCCCUUUACUGAUUGCUGCGUGUCUUUUGAAGGAUUUCAAAAGUCGCUGCAUGUUUGUUUUUGAUCAGUUCAUGUUAAGUGCCCUCCACCUAUACUGAAAAGUGCAUGAGAGAUACAUGUACUUUUCUAGAAACGUUAUUCAAAGCAGCAAACACACACAUGCAUAAGCUCAAUUUCUUGUUCCAUUUCUGCCAAAGCAAUAUAAAGUUUGGAGGAAUGCUUUGGGAAAGCAUUGGGUGCAGUUGAUCCUUUCACUUAAGAAGAAAGGAUGUUAACGCAAGUAUGUUUGUUUUAUUUUGUUUUUUAUAUUGCUAACGUUGAUUAAGGCCAUUUGGGUAGGUGUGAUUUUUAUUGGUCGGCUGUUGGAUUUUAUUGAUCACAGUAAGCGAGCGAAACGUUUGCUCAGGGACUUUUAUCAAGCAACACAAGGAGUUCAGUUUUCUAUUUUCUUGGAAUCGUACGUAAUAUUUACAAUGUGUUGUGAAUGAAACAACCGUUGUGAGACUCUUUGGACUGGUUUGGUUGCCUUGAGUUUGAAUUCAGAAGUACUGACAGUUGACGAUACUCUUGAAUGCGUCACGUUUAUAUUAAUAAAGUAACUUAAGCAUUC